AUAAAUAACGAGAAAAUGUCAGAUUUUUUUAAAAAUUGUCAGAUUUAAAAUAGGCGACAAAUGAUCUAAAAGCCAGAUCACAUGUAGACAUGUAGUCAAGGUUUUCAACUAUAUAUGCAUAGACGACAGUUAAAAGAGUAUCAUAAAACAACUGCAAAUCUUCACGUGUUCUCUUUUGCUCAUCACAUGUUAUCUUCUUUCUUCGCCUCUCUCUGCAAAUCUAAUCCUUUCUCUUUUUGGCAUCCCUAGGCCCUUUCUGUGAUUCAUCUUCCAAUAAUAAAACCCUUUAAAACUUACAUACAUACAUAUCCACCUACUCAACUUUGGCAUGGACAAGAAAAAGGUUGUUGCAGCUUCAUCGUCAUCUUCUUCGUCUUUCGAUCAUAUAUUUGGUCCAAGAGUCUCUUCUUCAUCUUCUUCAGCAACCACUGGAUUGUUCACAACCAUCUUCCCACGACCCUCUGCGGGGAUGUUGGGGAGGCAAAUGGACUUUCCAAGUCAAGGUGGACAUGCGAAGUAUCAAUCUGCACAUGAACGAGGAAAAAGAAGCAACAUAAAGGAGAAAAACAGUUACCAUAACGAGGAAACAGAACCACCAUGCAACUUGAGCUCUUCAAUUUACUAUGGAGGCCAAGAGAAAUAUUCGUCUACAACGAAUACUAACAAAGAUACUGUAAGUCGUAGUCGCAACUAUCAUACACAUAACACCUACUACAAGAAAGAUGCACAGGAAGGCGAUUCCAAAAGCGCAUCAAGAGGUAACUGGUGGGAAGGGUCGCUUUAUUACUAACAUGCACUGCAUGUCACGCAAUACUGAUUUGAGCAACCGGUAAGGGAAUAAGAGACAUCAUGGUCUAACCUUAAUAUGAAAUCUGAAUGAAACCUACAUAAAUGCCCUUACAAAAUGAAAGAGUAGUAUAUUUUGCAUAAACAAAGAGUGACUUGUUCUUGAGAUGUUGAUUUGUUUGUUUACGUAAAACGCAACGCUAAAGACAAGCUCUUUCUGAUGAUUUUAAAGUUUGUCUAAUAUUGUCUAUGUGAAAUGAUGUUUUAUGAAUAAUUGUAAUGGUACUUUAUAUUUUACAUCAUAAUGAAGCACAUUUGUUACUGCC